CCCAGCCCGGCGCCGGAGCCUCCCGGGAAUUGUAGUUCGCCUCCUCGUGGUACGCAGGCGUACUGCCGAGUCCGUCUGGCAGCGGGAGUUAACGAGCUGUCGGCUGAGGGCAUUCGCUCGCGGGUGCUGAGGUGCGGGGAGGUGACGAGGCCGCAGAACCCGCUGCACAGACUUCCCAGCGGUGGCAGGAUCCGGUGGCGCACGAUCGCUGCGCUCUAAGUGCCACCUACGCCCACACCUGGGGUCGCAACGCCGGGACACCAGCGAGUGAGCCACGCAGCCGUAGUGGCCGGCGGCUACUCGGACCUCGAACCUGGCUCCGCGUGGGACGUUAGGUGGACAAGGGGCGGGGGUCGGAGGGGAGGCCUUGUGUGCUUGCGCCAUUUGUCACUCUGGAGGGGACAGAGGAGAGUCAUGCCGGGCAGCUUGCCCAAGGCCGCCCAGCACUCAGAAUGGCAAAGUCUGGCCUUUAGCCUGAGAAAAGCCCCAGGAUGACAGACCCGUGAGGGCAAACCAUGAUAUGAAGUGAAUGAAACUCCCAGAGGUGGAACAUUAAAGGGAAAUGGAGGAAACCCAUUUGCCCUAAAGGCAAAGGGGCUGGGACGCCCAGACUUCAGAAAGUAGACUUACUCGGCUCCCUGAGCAAGGCCAGGGUUUGCAAGUGAGGGUGAUCUUGCCUCUGGGAGAUACCGGGCUGUGUCUGAGGACACCUGUGGUGGUCACGGCUGGGGUUGCUCCUGGCAUCCAGCGUGUGGGGGCUGGGGAUGCUGCUCAGUGCCCAGGAGGGCUCCAAAUGUCCAUCCACAGUGUCCAGGAGGAGACCCUGCCUUACACCUCAGCAUCGUGAGUCUAGUGAUAUGCAGGGACCACUCCAUUUACGCCCAGACAUGCCUACUAAGGAGUGAGGAAGCGGCUGACCAUUCUGCCAGAUAAAGCUGACAUCGAGUUCACCAUUCUCUCCCCUUCCGUGUGAGGAAGUCCUCAUCAGGCCUUUCUUGUGGAGAAAGGAUGAAUUCCAGUGGUUUGAACAUUGAAAGGGAAGAUCAUGAGCCAGGUGCCACAGGUUUGGGUGAAUAGGGGCGCUGAGGGGAUUGCUGACAUCAACCACCAGGGCAGGUGGGAGAGAGUUGGUCUGGAAAUGCUAGGAAGGGGCUGGAGGUCCUGGAUCCAUUGCAACGAGUUGCAAUUUAGUCCCAAGAGCAAAGAGGGAGCCUCUUGCAGUAUGGUUUCAGGGUUGUAUUCCUCCCCCCUCCCCCUGCCCCAGGAGCUUCACACAAUCCCCUGCAUGAAGCCCCUUGACAACAAGGGAGGACAAGGAGCUGCCUCUCUACUUGCCUGUUGUUUCCUGGGACAGCCGGAACAAAGCACCAAAGACUGGGUGGCUUAAAACAACAGACAUUUACUCAUAUUCUGGAGGCCAGAAGUCAGAGAUCAAGGGCUGGUUUCCUCUGAGGCCUCUCUCCUUGUUUAUUGUAAGAAUACAGUAUAUAAUCAUAUAACACAAAGUGUGUGUUCAUGGACUGCAUUAUCGCUCUGUCUGCCCAGAACCUACAUUUUCCCAAGAGGCGAGGAUGGCUGCUGGCUGCCUGCACCCCUGGCCCCAGGAGUCAGUGACCUUCAAGGAUGUGGUUGUGGACUUCUCCCAGGAAGAGUGGGCUUUGCUGGAUCGUGCCCAGAGAAAUCUCUACAGACCAAUGAUGCUGGAGACCUGCCAGAACCUGGCCUCCGUGGGGCACAGAUCAACCGUGAGUACGUCCUGGGAUGACCCCUGACCCUGGAGGUCACGAGGCUCUCCUGUCCUGCCCGGCCUAAGCACUGAAGGCGCUCCGCGGAAAACUGAGUCAAGAUUUCCCAGUCCAGAGGACACGGGCGGCAGCAGAGCUGCGGACAGAAGCUCGUCAGCGUGGGUCCUACUCUGAGCCAAUGUGCUAGGCGCGGGUCGGUCACGAGUGUCCCGACGGCCUGUCAUUCAGAAAAUAGGGGGCGGAGCCUGGGAGAACGGCUCAAUCACGGCGACAGGGGCGGAGCACGGGGAAACAAUCAGGACAGUACGGGCGGUGUCCGGAGCGCUGUCCAAUCAGGGACUUGACGCCGGAGCAUUGUCCCGUUAGGGGUGCCAGGGGCGGGUCUUGCGUAACUGUCCAAUCAGAUGACCCACGGGUAUGGGAGAGCCCGAAACACCGUCCAAUCACAACGCCGGAGUCCCGAGCAAUGUCCAAUCAGAGGUCUCGUGGAAGGGAGUGAGCGUAGAUGUCGCUCUUGGCUGGCCAAGGUGUUGGUGCACACCUGCCCCGCGCAACCCCAGGUGCUGCAUCCGCGUCGCUCUCGCCUGCCCGAGCCGCGAGAACGACCCCCUGAGAGCUCGGAGAUGGAUGUGGUGGUCUUUGCGGAUGUGGCUGUGAACUUCACCCCGGAGGAGUGGGCUUUGCUGGAUGGUACUCAGAGGGAGCUCUACAGAGAAGUAAUGCUAGAAAACUUCAGAAACCUGGCCUCAGUGGAUGAUGAGAUUCAAUUUCAGGCCAAUGGGUCAGUUUCUCAGCAGAAUAUUAAUGGGAAUAAAAUAUCCAAGGAAGAUAAAAUAGCAGAGUUCUCCGGAAACAACCCUUGCAUCUCCGUCUUAGGGAAACUUGGGGAGCAACUAAGCAUUGAAGAUCAGUACACAAACCAGGGCAGACAUGUGAGAAAUCAUGCAGUGGUGAAACCCUGUGAAAGUAAUGAUCAAUGUGCAGAAGGCUUCAGUCAGAUUCCAAAUCUUACUCUGUACCAGAAAACUCUUACUGGAGUAAAACAGUAUGACUACAGUGCGUAUGAAAAAGUCUUCAUGCAUCAUUCAUCCCUCAAGAGUCAUGUUGCCAUUCACACUGGACACAAACCCUAUCAAUGUCAGGAAUGUGGGCAGGCCUAUAGUUGUCAUUCACACCUAAGAAUGCAUGUGAGAACCCACAAAGGAGAGAGGCCCUACAUAUGUAAAUUAUGUGGAAAAACCUUUCCUCGUACUUCUUCCCUUAACCGGCAUAUCAGGAUUCAUACUGCAGAGAAAGCCUUUGAAUGUCAGCAGUGUGGGAAAGCCUUCAUUGAUUUUUCAAGUCUUACUAGUCAUGUGAGAACACACACUGGAGAGAAGCCCUAUAAAUGUAAGGAAUGUGGAAAAGCCUUCAGUUAUUGCUCAACUUUUCGAAGACAUAUGAUAACACACACUGGAGAGAAGCCUUAUAAAUGUAAGGAAUGUGGGGAAGCCUUCAGCUAUUCCUCAACUUUUCGAAGACACAUGAUAUCACACACUGGAGAGACACCACAUAAAUGUAAGGAAUGUGGAGAAGCUUUCAGUUACUUCUCAGCUUUUCGAAGACACAUGAUAUCACACACUGGAGAGAAACCCUAUGACUGUAAACAGUGUGGGAAAACCUUCAUUUAUCUCCAAUCCUUUCGAAGACAUGAAAGGAUUCAUACUGGAGAGAAACCAUAUGAAUGCAAACAGUGUGGGAAAACCUUUAUUUAUCCCCAAUCCUUUCGAAGACAUGAAAGGGCUCAUGGUGGAGAGAAACCCUAUGAAUGUAACCAGUGUGGGAAAGCCUUCAGCCAUCCCUCAUCCUUUCGAGGACAUAUGAGAGUGCACACUGGAGAGAAACCUUAUGAAUGCACUCAAUGUAGUAAAACUUUCAACUGGCCCAUAUCCUUACGAAAACACAUGAGAACACACACAAAAGAGAAACCAUAUGAAUGUAACCAGUGCGGGAAAGCCUUUAAUUUGUCUGCUUGCUUUCGAGAACAUGUGAGAAUGCAUCCAGAAGACAAAGCGUAUGAAUGCAAACUAUGUGGAAAAGCUUUCUAUUGCCACAUAUCCUUACAAAAACAUAUGAGAAGGCACACUGCUGAGAAACUCUAUGAAUGCAAGCAGUGUGGGAAAGCCUUCAGUUGGCCUGAACUUUUGCAACAGCAUGUGAGAACACACACCGCAGAGAAACCUUAUGAAUGUAAGGAAUGUGGGAAAGUUUUCAAAUGGCCAUCCUCUUUACCAAUACAUAUGAGAAUGCACACUGGAGAGAAACCUUAUGAGUGUAAGCACUGUGGGAAAGCCUUUAGUUGUUCCUCAUCCUUAAGAAGACAUAUGAGAACACAUACUACAGAAAAACACUACAUACAUAUUGUGGGAAAUCCUCCUGCAAAUGAAUUAAUGCACAGUGCUUCAGAAAAUUCACACCAGGAGAGGAAUCUUAAAGUUGUAAAUAAGGUAUUGCCUUUAUAACUACUUCACAUUAAAGUGGACCCAUAGGGAGUGUAUUUACAGUUGUUAUGCAAAUAAACAUGUAGCUGAAAGUAACUCUUCAAGUACUCUUAGUACAUAAAUACUAAGUACAUCAAGUACUCUACAUAUAGUACAUAAAAUUUGCAUGCAGUGUUUUUUCUUACAUUUCAGUAAAUAAAACAUAUCUUUAGU